AGUUCAAAGUUAAUCCCUUAAUACUUGUUAAGGAAAUAAAUACCUUUGUGUUUAGUAGGUACAUUAUGUAACAUUAACAAUUUAAUGUUAUUAAAAACCCCAUUGAUAACAGAAUAUUUGCAUAUUAACUUUAACCAUGAGAAAAACUUCUGUUAUAAAGCAGCUCAUAUUACGCAAGCAUAAAAUACAUUUAAUUGCCUUUCUCGUUCUUUUUAGUAUUUUCACGUUAACGCAUAUCGCCGUAACUCACAUUAAACCUGCAGAACUAAGGACAUUAGUUAAAUUAAAAUGUCAAAAUGUGGUGUUAAAACCGGAAAUAGAGUAUCGUGGGAACUACGUAGUGUUCAAAAAUUUUGUGCGCGCCAAAAAGUCGUUCGACUGCGAUGAAUCUAUCACUUUAAGUGCUCCGGGGGAUUACAGGUUUCUGGACAACAUUGAACCACUUGUAGAAAGAUGGCAAGGGCCUAUCAGUGUAGCGCUGUAUGCUCCUGGAUACGACUUUUACAGUACUUUGCAAAGUAUCGCUUAUUUGAGAAAGUGCUCAAACAAUAGCGCUUUAAUUAGUGAUUUUGUUACCUUUCACCUAUUCUUUGACAAUCAACAUUUUCCAGAACGGAAUGGAUCGGCUUUGAUUGAGGCCUAUGCGGAUUCUUUUGACUGUUCCCAACGUCCACCAUAUGAAACAAAGACAGACGAGGACAUGUACAAGCAGAAAAACAACCUUUUCUAUCCCAUCAACGUUGCUAGGAACGUAGCAAAGCUGAACGUGCAGACUCAUUUCGUGUUCCCUUCUGAUAUAGAGCUGUAUCCCACAAGAAACUUUAUCCCGAAAUUUUUUGAAUUCAUUUCUAGAAGUCCGCAGUAUUUUACCAGAGAUGCGAGAAAUGUAUUCGUAUUUCCUCUUUUUGAGAUAUUAGCGGAUCAUAAGAUUCCAGAAACAAAAACGCAGCUUCAAAGAAUGUUAAAAGAUAAAUCCGCUUUUGGUUUUCACUCCAAAGUCUGCGCCGUAUGCCACAAUCCACCAAAGAUGCAAUUGUGGAUUGAAAGUAACGAGACCCAAAGCGUUGACAUUUUUACGUCAUGCAAAAGGCAAGGUCGUCAGAAGAUUUGGGAGCCGUUCUUCGUUUGUACACAGAAGGAACCUUUGUGGGACGAGAGAUUGAAUUGGGAAGGCCAAGGCAAUAAAAUGUGUCAAGCUUUCCACUUGUGUAUGUUAGAUUACGAUUUCCAAGUAUUCGACAACGCAUUUCUGAUCCACAAACCAGGAGUAAAAAAGAAGAAAGUUCAAAAUGUCAAAUACCAUGACCAACAAACAGUAAACAAUAAUAUCCUAAAGCACAUACAAAAAGAAUUGACGUCCAUUCUUGGUAUAACAGAAAGUACUAGUAAAUGUAUCGUCCAUAAUAUUGGGGUUAAAACUGUGGGUGAAAUCUAGAGACGACUUUCCAUAAAAACCAAAAGAUUAACUGAAGACGAUUAACUAACAACGAAAGAACUAUUUUCUAACCACAAUAAGCAUCUUAGGUAGGAUGGAAGAGUGUUCCCCAGUACGACAGAGAAGUAGGCACCUCUUUCGAUUAGAAAGACAUGCCUACUCUAAUUAGAAACAAUUUUCUCUGCCGUAUUGGGGAACAGUUUCAGCUAACCCCAAUUUUUUUCUUCUUUUUGCACCAUCUUCUACUUAAUAUCGUUUUGUGAUUUCAAAAAGGCUUCAUUGCAACGCUGACGAAAUUUACAAAUUUUCCCAAAGAAAUUUUAACAAUCGUUAAAAGUAUAUUUGGAAUUUUAUUAAUUUCUGAAUCAUUUUGGGGCUUUUUCCUUGCUUCGGAUACUCCUGGUAACCAAAAAGUAUUAUAUAGGUACUCAAAAACUGUAAAUUAUUAUUAUAUUAUACUUUAGGCUAGAAUAUUUUUAUAAAUAAAAUGAUAUUUUGUAUAAUA